AACAUUGCACGUUCGCAUUUAAUUUAUUUAAAAACUUCUAAAACAAUAUUGUAUUAUUUGCAAAAUUUCGAUCGGCAAUUAAAUAUUAAAUUAUAUAUUCGAAUUACAGUUAUUGUUUCUCUAUCAAGUAUUUUUACAAUUACGAUAUAUCUGUAAUAUGGGUAACUCAUGUGCAUUACAAAGAAUUUUUGAUUGUUAGCAGGAAGAUAUUUUUAAAACCAGGAAAAUUCUUUUAUCAUAAAUCGACACGUGUGAAACAAAAUCUGUAUCUUAAUUUCUAAAAUAUAGUUUAAAAUGGUUAUUCAACUGGUAUGGAUGUUGUUCUUUUUGAGUUGUGCGACUACAAACGACGAGAAAGGAAACUAUGUUCGGAAUGAUUAUAACUACGAAAACUGGCCGUUUCAGUACAAAGCGUCUUUAAACACACUAACAGGUAUUAUAAAAAGAGAUGUACUACCAGAAGUGCAAGCGAAAGGCAGUAUGAAGUCAUUCAGUCUAGUUGAGAAUGAGUCACAGAAAAUAACCCAAGAAUUGAAGCCAAUGUUAGGACAAACGGAAGGUGGGAUUGUCAAUGAGGCACCAAAUGCAGAUAAAGACCUGAUUCCAAGUCCUGAUUUAAAUACCAAACCAGAUCUAGUAACUUUACUAAGAAAAGAUAAACUUGAACCAGUGAAGGACCAAGUGAAUAUCACCAAGACAGAUAUAGUUCAAGGUAAUGACACCAAAACAAGUGAAGCAAAGGUAGUGGCCCAACCAGUUUCGAAAAUUGAAGAUACAGCAGCCACUAACAAUACCAGUAAGGAGCCCAGUAUGGUGGAUAUUAAUAGUCCAGGAGUUAUCAAGCGAGGUCUUAUUGUAUUUGGAGGAUUGACUUUACUUGCUGUUGCAUAUUUUAUAUUUUAUAGAAAUAAGCACAAAAAGUUUGACGCUGCUAAUGCACAUGGUACUGGCGAUUCAAACCAAUUUAGAUAUGGUGUAUUGCACACCGACGACCGUCGGGAGAAUCUUGAGCUCUCCCGGAUACCACUCACCAUGGAAUCUGAUGAUGAUGAAGAUGAGGACUUGGAAAUAUUUGACUUAGAACAGAAACGGAAAUCCCUGUCAUAUGUAAACUUGCAAACGAAUGAUGAAGAUAUUGUUCUGCGUUCUUCCAAAGAUGAAUCUAAGAAUAAUUUGCUUCUAGAUAUUGAAGAUGCAUCAGGGGAUCAAUUGAUUAACUGGUCAGGAACUGGUAGUAAGUCAAUAUUAUAAAACAUAUUGUGAUAUUGUGUACAAAGUUGAACUGAAUUUUAUUUAGUUGAGUCAUAUUUCAUUUGAUUCAGAAGAAAAUUUUAUAUAGACGCAGAGAUCUAAACUUAUUUAUUAAUAAUUGAUUACUGAAUUAUGCACCAUCAUACUAUUAAUUAACUUCGAUUUAGUUACUUUUUGUAGAAUUUGCUUUAGUUAAUUUUUUUGAGUUAUCUUGUGUGCAAUUAGCAUUUUGAAAUGUGACUCGACUGGAUAAAUGUUGCAGGAUAAAACUUCUGGAAGAUUACCCUGGCUUAGAAAUUGUACAGAUUGGUUCUUACAUUAGCAAGUAUUUACAAUGCAGUUCAAGCAUGAUCUCCUGAAAAGUAAAUUUUUUAGCGCAUGCUGUUUUUAUUGCUAAAAAAUUUGUAAUCCAUUUGUAAACAAAACAUUAUGUCUUCAUGGCAUCUUCUAGAGCUAAUUUGUAUAAAGAAUAACUCAAAUGUCAGAAUGGCUUUACAUAAGCACAAUAGAGUUAAACAAAUUCAACAUACAGCAGCCACUAACAAUACCAGUUAGGAUCCCAGUAUUUCUUCAUGGAAUCUUCUAGAGUUAAUUUGUAUAAAGAAUAACUCGAAUGUCAGAAUGGCUUUACAUAAGCACAAUACAUAAACAAAUUAUUGAACAUUUUACUGCUGAUCAUCAAGUUUUAACCCAUUAUUUGUCGUUUUAGUAUUUUAAAACUGCAAUAUUCAAUUCAAAUUCACAAUAAAAUCUUAUGCCUUAUGAGAGAGAAAGCCGUUCGUAGUGGCUCUUACAUUUAAUUGUAGUGAGAUGUGUAUGAAAAAUUCAUAGUGAAUUAGUUUUCAUCAUGGCUGUUAUUAAAACAAUGUCAGUGAAAUGCCAAAUUUGUAGCUAUCAAAAGAUUUAUUUUUCUAUCACUCCUGUAUACAAAUAAAUUAUUUAUAUUUUACAUACAUAGCUUACGAGAUACUCCUUGUUAUUGAUGCAUAUGCUAAAUGGGCAUCUGUAUGUAUUUAAUAUGAUCUGGCUAUAUUUUAACUUUAAGUGUCAUUAGGAUAUUUGAAAGCAAGAUAAUAUUAAAUAUUCCUUAAUUUUUUAAAGAUUUUCAAUGAAAAACAUGUCAAAUGUAAUUUUUUGUCUAUGUAUGGUAUAUUUAGGAUAUGACUGCACAAUUUGAUCUUGAUGUUAAAAUUACCGUACUAAAUUUCUCCCUUUUCUAAAGCAAGCUAGACUUGCCAUAUCUUUAUUUUUAUAGCUUGUAACACCUAAAAAUCUUAAGUGUCAAGUUGCAUUGUUACUAAUUUAAAUAAACCAUAUUUAUUUUAGUUUAAAUAUCAUAAUUUGUUUAUGAUAUACAUGUUUUUAUUAACAUGAAAAAUAGGUUCUAUCAUGUUAAUAAAAACAUAGUAACUAAUGUUUAAACCUAUUUAUAAAUGAAGAAAGUAUUUAUAAAUAGGAAUGAUUUAAGUUUUAUAUGCUUUUGUUAAUCUUUGCUAUCUUAGCCUGAAAAUAGUGGCUGUAUAAGGCCUGCCGAAAAUUACCAAGUGCCAAAGACGCAACUUAAAUGAUAUAUUUUUAUUUACAUGUAGUACCUAACUUAGGUACAUAGACAAUGUGUAUAGGAAUACACUCGUGUUUGUCACCUAGUUUUUUGUUUUGUAGAUAUGAAAUUAGAAGGAAUAUAAGUUUCUGAUUACGCUAGUUAAAAGUUGUUGUGUCUUUGGUACGGGCUUACUAUAUUUUAAGCUUUUGGACUGUGAUAGUAGUAUGGGAGUCUACGUAGUACAAAAUAUUUUCCUCAAUCUUAGUACGUUAUACGUAGAUUCGCAUUCCUCAUCUUUCUAAGCCUAAAUGUUUAAGUGUAAGGCUGUUUAAUUAUUAAAAUAUGCGAUAUUUUG